UAAAGCCUAAUUCAUCGGAAUUGCUCAUCAUUUUGCUGUAAAUAUGAAAUUAUUAAGUAUUCUUGUUAUUUUUGCUGUUUUGUAUGAAAGCCAUGGCGAGGGCUCACGUUUUUGUGGACCCAAUCUUGCCCAAAUCUUAGAAAUGGUCUGUUAUAAUGGUUAUAACGGAAUGAUAAUGAAUAAAAAAUCCGGCAAUAAAGUUGUUCACCAUGACAUGGACAUUCUAAACAAAUUUAACGAAAUCAAUGACGAGUCCCCAUUUAAUUCGGAUUCUCUUUUAAAUGAUUUGCUCUAUGGUAACCAUGUGCAAGCACUGGCAAAAACACGAAGGCAGCGUCAUUUGACUGGAGUUUAUGAUGAAUGUUGCCGCAAGUCUUGCACAAUGGAAGAGUUAACCGGAUACUGUUUGUAAUGCAUUUAUGUACAUAUUUUGUGUUUUUAACUAUAGUAGACGAUAGAAAACAAAACCCGAAAAUUUUGUUACAUUUCAUAACAUUAAUUGUUUAAAAUGAGCCCAAAAUGUCUUAGGCAAAUAUAUGUAGACUGUUUAAAGCAUUACAUGCAUUAUGUUCAAAUAAAUUCAGCAGUGCAUAGAA